AUGCCAGAGUGGGCAGAGCGAGGGAACUCUGAGCCCGCCCCUCAGACGGUCAAGCGGGGCCGCAGAAUUGCACCCAAGGACUGGCCUGACCUGCCCCACGCCAGCUACCCGGAGGAGUUGCCGGGCCUGUCCCGCGCCAGCUACCCGGAGGAACCCGUGGUGCUGGACCCCCCAGAGGACACCACCGGGACCCAGGUACUACCCGAGGGAGAAGCACCAGGGAGGGAGACAGACACAGGUUGCUGGCUGCUCCCUCGCGAUCCUGAUGCUGACCCAGGCGAAGCCCUGGGCAAGGAGGAGCCUGACCGGGAGGAAGGCCUGUGGCAACCAGGGCUGCCGGCCGCUGAAUACCCAGAGGACCUGGAGGGGCCUGACUGCAGCCCGGCCCAGCGUGAGUCCAAUACCGAGGGGGGGUGGGGGUGGCCCGUAGCGGAAUACCCGGAGGAUCCGGAGCUGCCCGCAGCGGAAUACCCGGAGGAGAUGGAGGAUCCGGAGCUGCCCGCAGCGGAAUACCCGGAGGAGAUGGAGGAUCCGGAGCUGCCCGCAGUGGAAUACCUGGAGGAGAUGGAGGAUCCGGAGCUGCCCGCAGCGGAAUACCCGGAGGAGAUGGAGGAUCCGGAGCUGCCCGCAGCGGAAUACCCGGAGGAGAUGGAGGAUCCGGAGCUGCCCGCAGUGGAAUACCCGGAGGAGAUGGAGGAUCCGGAGCUGCCCGCAGCGGAAUACCCGGAGGAGAUGGAGGGACCCUAGCGGCCCUCCUGAGAGAGACCGGAUGGACAACCGACAUACAGAGAGACGAAGGGAUUUGCAAGGUCACAGAGGAAACCUGUGGCAAAAUCCAGAGCCUUAACCACAAAACCAUCCUUUGCCCAUGGGAUUUUGAUGGGAUCCUAACCACAGAGCUGGGGAACAGCAACAUCAGCAUUAACAAAAAAGGAAAUUCAGUAGCAAGUCGUAAACCCUGGUGGUGCACCAGCAAUAACAUUAGCAUGAUACAGCUUUACAAGGUAAAAAUACUGUCCCAUCAAGAGGAUAAAUGGCUGAGUCUUAAGCUUCAUCUUGCCCACUCAGGGACUGGAUGAGUGCCUUGCCGUAAAACGAAGCCACCAUCCCAUCCCUGCAGGGUUGGUUUUUUUUUUCCUGCCUGAUGUAGUCAUUCCUCUUAAUAAAUUCUUGUUGAUUGCAUGUUAUAUCUGGAGUAUUCCUGGCUGGUUGAUAUGCUGCAUGGUUUGUGGUGUACAUCAAACAGGC